UAACAUGUCCAUCCAUUCUGUUCCCCCUCCACAUAACCCUGUCUUCCAGCCCCCACACCCCUCUUACACUGCCCCAUCCAACCCCCACAGUCAGCCCUCAACUUCCCAGCCCUCCACCUCCCGUGCGCCUCCUCCUUAUCGCUCCCUGCCUGUCCACACCCCUUCAAACCUUCCAUUGAGCCAUCCUGUGACGCCCCAGCCCUGCCCAUCUACACUAGCACCAUCUCACCCCUCCCUGAAUAUACAUAAUUCACCAUUCUGUCUUCCAUCGAACCCUGCCCAGCCAUCACUUGUCCCUGCACUUCAUGUCCAAUCAGCGUUGGUCCCCACAACACAUGCCCAGCUAUCCCCUGUUCAGCCUCCAACUUCUCCAUCUCUCCAACCACUGAUCGAAGCCACACCGAGACUUUAUGGUAUGUUCAAGGCAACUCCUCCACCUGGACCUGGACGAUCUCGGAGAGGUAAGGAUGGAAAGUCCUGGACAUUCCACUCAUACUCACCUGUAGAGAUCUGCCUCCCACCUUCUGGCUCCUCCUCUCCUGCAGCCGUAGCUCAGCAUCAGAAUAGGAACUUUCCAGAAUCGCAGCUACUGUGGAUCCUCCAUCAGCCUCCCUCUGUAAACCCCAUCCCUGUUCUCCCGGUUAAAGCACUAGCAGACUCCCCCUGUGAUAGAAGCCUGCCUCCUACUGGUCUGGCAGACCCUGACCUAAACUCUCAGGCCAGGGAGAACGAGCCUACUUCUACUGUCACUGAAUUGGAGACUGACACAGAGGCAGACAGUGCUAUCGAGUUGGAGGUCCCGUCAGCCUGGGGUGAUAGAAAGGCAGCUGCCUGCUCAGACAGUACUUCUUCAGAUCUGCCUUUCACAGGGACUUUGUCUACUGAGAGGACCUCUAAUCAUCUCUCUCACAGUGUCUUAACCCACACCCACCACCCCAAAGAAGAAACUGACAUGGACCCUAACAGUAAACCCUGUUCUGUGGGUAGGACCCGUACCUCCCCCCACAACAAUAAAAAGAUGGCUUAUGACCAACAACAUGAGGACGCUAAGGCUAUCAGGUCACUUCAUCGGCAUGUGAAUAACUGGAGAACUGAGCUGCCAACACGCAUUAGAGUGCUACUGGAGGGCCCCUCUCCAAGCCCCAACAGGACAGGUUCGGUGGAGGGCCCCUCUCUAAACCCCACCAGGACAGGUUCGGUGGAGGGCCCCUCUCCAAACCCCACCAGGACAGGUUCGGUGGAGGGCCCCUCUCCAAACCCCACCAGGACAGGUUUGGUGGUGGCCACUGAAAUGCCAACCAGGCAACCCAAUAACACCGAGCCACCGAGCUUGACCAAUGGCAUCAAUGUUAACAACUCAAGGUACUGGCAACCAAGGGUCUUGAUGUUUCAGCUACCCAUCUCCACCCCCACUCCUGGAGGCGCUCUUCCUCAGUUCCUGCUCGUCCAAGGGGCCAGCAAAGAUGAGAUUAUUCUGCAAGAGAUUGCAGAAGACCACCAGUCCCAUGGCGAUGACAUCACACCACCAGAGUCAGACAACCUCCUCUGGACUAAGGCCCUGUCUUCCCCAGAGAGUCCCCCACUGCUCCAGUAUGUGACCUGUGCGGCCUGCCACACUGUUGGCGGUUCUCUAUUCUGUGUGGAGUGUGGGAGGGGCUACCACCAAGAUUGUCAUAUCCCACCCAUUGGUCCUUCCUUCUGGGAGGAGUGGAAGUGUUCACUUUGUCAGGACCUGGCUGACACCACAGACCCCUACAGUGAUGACAGGCACAGGACUAUGUGCCUCAGCCUAGCAGACCAGAGGAAAUGUGAGCAUCUCCUACUCUUUCUAAGGUGUGAGAAUGACAGAAACAUCCUUUGCAGCACGGCUGAGCCCCCCUCAGAUUCAAUAUGUCUUGACUCCAUACAUGGAAGGCUGCUACAACAUCGAUCACCCCCUUACCGUACCCCCUCCGAAUUUGUCUCUGAUGUCUGGGUCCUUUUCGACACCAUGUUGAUGAACUCAAAGGACCAGGAGUUGGUUGUCACGCUACGGGGCAGCUUUCAGAGGAAGUUAGGGGAAGUGUUUGGGACAGCUCUCCACCCCUCCCUCCUCAGGCACCCCAAUAGCAGCUGGACUGAGACUGGGGAACCUGAGGAACCAACAGCUGCAGAGUCUCUGAAGAGGAUGAGGGAGUUGCUGAAUAUGACCAAUAUGACCAAAGUGCCAAAAGCUAAGAAACAUCACUCCCAGGUCAGAGUUGAAACAGAUGAAAAUGAAACUAAUGUGAAAAAAAUUAAAAAAGAUGCAGACUGAAUAA